GCUCAAGUGACACAACGCUGAAGCUUUGGAAAGGAGCAGCAUGUAUACACACUUUUUCUGGGCAUACAGACACUGUUCGAGGCCUUGCUGCAAUGCCUGGUCUAGGAGUUCUUUCUGCAUCCCAUGAUGGUUCCAUAAGACUGUGGGAACUUAGUGGUCAAGUUCUACUGGAGAUGGUUGGUCACACUGCUAUCGUCUAUUCUGUUGAUGCUCAUGCCUCUGGGCUUAUUGUCAGUGGCAGUGAGGAUCGUUUUGCAAAGAUAUGGAAAGAUGGAGUCUGUAUCCAAAGCCUAGAGCACCCUGGCUGUGUUUGGGAUGCCAAAUUCUUAGACAACGGUGACAUUGUGACCGCAUGCUCUGACGGUGUUGUGCGCGUUUGGACUACUCAUCAGGAUAAGAUUGCUGACCCUGCAGAACUAGAGUCAUAUGCUGCACAACUGUCACAGUACAAGCUCAGUAGGAAAAGAGUUGGAGGGUUGAAAUUGGAAGAGCUUCCUGGGCUUGAGUCCUUACGGAUCCCAGGUACUAGUGAUGGGCAGACUAAAGUUGUCCGUGAAGGGGACAAUGGAGUGGCGUAUGCAUGGAAUAUGAUGGAACAAAAGUGGGAUAAAAUUGGUGAAGUGGUUGACGGGCCUGAUGAAGGCAUGUCACGUCCUCUUCUUGAUGGAAUUCAAUAUGAUCAUGUGUUUGAUGUUGAUAUUGGAGAUGGUGAACCUGUUCGCAAAUUGCCCUAUAAUCGCUCAGAUAAUCCAUAUGACGUUGCUGAAAAAUGGCUACUCAAAGAGAAUCUGCCUCUUUCUUACCGUGAACAAGUGGUGGAAUUCAUUCUUCAAAAUACUGGUCAGAAACAGUUUACUCCUGAUCCAUCAUUCUGUGACCCCUACACUGGCAGUAGCGCUUAUAUGCCUGGUCAACCUUCAAAUUCAGUUGCACCAACAGCAAAACCUACUUUUAAGCAUGUCCCCAAGAAAGGAAUGCUAGUUUUUGAUGCAGCACAAUUUGAUGGUAUACUCAAGAAAGUUUCAGAGUUCAAUACUACUUUACUGUCUGCCUCAGAGCAAAAACAUAUGGGAUUGACUGAGGCUGAUAUGUCUAGACUAGCUUCUAUCCUUCAUGUUUUGAAGGACACAUCACACUACCAUAGCAGUAAACUUUCAGAUGAUGAUGUUGUAAUGGUGCUGAAGUUGCUAAAAUCUUGGCCGCUGACGAUGUUAUUUCCAGUAAUUGAUAUUUUGAGGAUGAUCAUACUGCAUGCUGAUGGUGCUGCGGUACUUUCCAAGCAUGUCAACAGUGCCAAUGAUGUGCUUAUGGAGUUGAUCAAGAAGGUCACAACCAGUCCACCACUUCCUGCAAAUCUUUUGACAAGUGUUCGUGCUUUGACUAACCUCUUUAAGAAUGGAUCCUAUCAUGAUUGGCUGUUAAAGCAUCGUGGGGAGGUUCUGGAUGCCUAUUCCACGUGUUACUUAUCUUCCAAUAAGAAUGUUCAGUUGGCUUAUUCAACAUUGAUACUCAACUAUGCUGUACUCUUGAUUGAAAAGAAGGAUGAAGAGGGACAGUCUCAAGUUCUUUCGGCUGCACUUGAGAUUGCAGAAGAGGAAAGCGUUGAAGCUGAUGCAAAAUUUCGGGCUUUAGUUGCCAUAGGAUCACUGAUGCUUGCGGGUGUUGUUAAAAGAAUUGCAAUGGACUUUGACGUUGUCAAUAUUGCAAAAUCAGCAAAGGCAUCUAAAGACGCAAAGAUUGCUGAAGUUGGAGCGGACAUUGAGCUCAUCACAAAGCAGAGUUGAGCUGGUAACUUUGCAUGUUUCGCGCGGUUUAGGAUAUUUUUUUGCCAGAGUGAAGAUACAAGCCAGAGAAUCACGCUCUGGUUGUUUACAGCUUUGGCCCAACAAGGAUGUGGAUAGUAUCUUCGGCAGCUAGUAUGUUUGUUGCUGUCGGAGGGUGCCUUUUAUCUGCUUCGAUUUUAUGCAUGAAACAAUGUCACGACAUCUCUCCGGAGGCGAGAUCCCCUUUUUUUUUUUUUUUUUUUUUUUUUGGUAGUUUUUGUGGUGGACAAAUGACAACAAUGAUUAAACUGGUAUAGCAAGGGGAAAAAAAGGAUGAACGUGAUGAGAAGUGGACUUGAACUUGUAACGGUCGAAAUUCGUAAUGAAAUUAAAAAUGGCAUACAAGCUAGAAAAUGUUAAAACUUGCUAUGCUACAAAAGGAUUCUAAAGUCAAAA